AAAAUCCCCCCCUUUUUUUUUUUUCUUUUCUCUAAUUUUAUUUCUCCUCCGAAUCUCACGAAAUAUCUUUGUAUGAAAAUCGAUUUGCUUCUUGUUCUUGUUCUUGUUCUCAGUCUUCGUUUCUCCCCUGAAUUUUCUCUCCAAUCGGAUCUCGAUCCCGACACGAUCCGAAUCCGUGACCCGAAGAAUUCGACCUCGCUGAUGGUAAUAAUAAUCUGAGAAAAAAAAACAGAAAAAGAAAAAAAGAAGAUAAGAGUUUGAGCUUGGAUGGGAGAGGAGGUGAGGAUGAGCGAGUACGAAGGAGGCGGCAGCGGCGGCGACGGCGACGAGGAGAGGGUUUCGGAGUGGGAGGCCGGGCUUCCGAUCGCCGAUGAUCUGACGCCGCUGUCUCAGCCGUUGAUUCCGAUGGAGCUGGCGUCGGCGUUCAGUAUCUCGCCGGAGCCGUGCCGCACGGUGGUGGACGUCAACCGCGCGUCGCAGAAGACGGUGUCGACGCUGCGUGGGGGGGCUCACUCGCAGGCGUAUUCGUCGAACUACAAGUCGUUCGAGGAGAACAACAACCGCAGCGACGAGCCGAUGGUGGUGGAGCUGGACGAGACGGAGCCGUACGGAGGAGGCGGCGGCGGGGAAGGAUCCGAUUCGAGGAAAUCGAGGAGGGUUGAUAGCCCCGAGGAGGCGGAUUCGGCGCUCCGGAUCGAGAAUUCCUCGGGCGGCGGAGAAGACCCGUCGGGUCGGGCGGUCAAGCGGCCUCGGCUGGUGUGGACCCCGCAGCUGCACAAGCGGUUCGUGGACGUGGUGGCCCACCUGGGGAUCAAGAACGCGGUUCCCAAGACGAUUAUGCAGCUGAUGAACGUGGAGGGAUUGACGCGUGAGAAUGUGGCCAGCCACUUGCAGAAGUACCGACUCUACUUGAAGAGGAUGCAGGGCUUGUCCAACGAGGGCCCCUCCUCGUCCGACCAGCUUUUCGCCUCGACUCCGGUGCCGCAGAGUCUGCACGAGUCGGGUGGAAGCGGGCCGGGUCACAGACAGGGGCACAUGCCCGUUUCGAUCCCCAUGCCUUACCCGCCGGGCGCCAUGAUGGCUAUGCCUAGUUACAUGGGGAUGUCCGGCGGGUACCAUGGGUUCGAGUCGCAUCCUUCGUAUAACAUGAUGCAGCAGCAGAAGUAUGGUUCCAUGGUGUCAUACCCACCCCAUGUUGCUCCUAAUGAGAAAUGAAAAAUCUUGCACGUUAAACUCAGGUUAUUUAUGGGAUGUUUUUGUGUAGAUUCAGAAGUUUGAACAAGUUGGCUGAACCUAACUCGUGGAACUCAACCUGUAAGCUUGCUUGAUUGGUAAACUUGAACCUGACAGGCACGGGAAGGGUUCUUAGGAAUUAUAUGUAGACCAUUUAGAGGCAUAUUCCAAUAUCAUUUUGGGUCUUGUAUGAAUCUGGGAAUGUAACAAAACUUCCCUCUUUAAUCGUGUAUAGCUACCUCCCACUCACAUGACUGGGGAGGUUCGAUCCUAGUCUACAUAGUUGACAGCGAGGCAUUGAGUAAAUUCUUAACCUGUUACUAGUCGACAUAUGUUAUUCUUCUUGUAUCGAUGAGGUAUUAGACCUUUUUGUUUCCUGAAUCAAAGGAAACGCUCAAUAAAAGAAGAACAAAUUUCAGUUGGCUGUCCCUC